AUGGCCUCCAAAGCGGUAGCAAAGGCUGCGGCCGGCACUGUCCAAAAGAUCAGCACCAAAUACACCGUCCAGUCCACCGGCCUCUGGGAGAAGCUCCGCGCCUCCCUCUCCCUCGACGCCAACCGCUCCAACGGCGUCCCCCUCAACCCCUACAACCGCUUCCCCGCCCCCGGCCAGAACGAUCCCCUCAAGUACGACGACCCCGUCACCCUCCCGGCCGGCGACCUCGCCGACAACCCGUACUGGAAGCGCGACGCCCGCCGCAACUACCCCCGUCUUUCUGUCGUCUCCCAGGCCGAGCAGGUUGCUCUCCUGACCGUCGGCUCCGCUGCCGCCCCCCGUGUCGAGCUCAUUGGCGAGGAGGGAUCCAAGGCUCUGGUUGCCGCCCAGGAGCAGGGCAAGCAGGCUGGCCUGGCCAACUAUAUCGAGUCUGCCGGUGUCGAGGCUGCGAAGAGGGUGCUGGAGGCCACUGGUGGCCUGCCACCUCUGCCGAGCGGGACGACGAUGAGCAAUGCCGAGGGGAAGUGGGAUGUGCACAAGUACAAGCUGGAGGAGGAGCAGAGCUAUGGGGAGGACUACCCCUGCAGAACCUUUGCCUAA